UCGAAGUACGAGGUUGGCCACGAUCGUUACGACAAUGUUCUUUAUUUAUUUAUUCAUAAAUCGAAAUGUAAAUUAAUAUAAGAGAAUUAUAUGUGGGUUAGUAAAUGAACUUGAAGUUAUUUUUUAAGUUUGAAAGUCUGUGUCAGUUAAAAAAAAAGUUGGUGACAAAGAGGAACCUUUUAAGGUUUUGCGUGAUGUGAAAUAGAGUGAUGGCUGUUAGAGAAGCACGAGUCCCCGUGCUACAUGAAGACAGACCCACACACGGACCGCACGAUGUGGCCCGCAAGUCGGAGGGUGGUGGAGCAGGCGUGCAGCUGUCGCGGACGGCGACCGUCGUGACGUCACUGGCGGCGGGCGCGGCGGCCGGCGCCGUCGCCAAGACGACCAUCGCACCCCUGGACAGAGCCAAGAUCAACUUCCAAACAUCUCAGAUCCCGUACUCGUGGCGCGCGGCGGUGCGGUUCCUGGUGCAGAGUGCGCGCAGCGAGGGCGCGGCGGCCCUGUGGCGCGGCAACAGCGCCACCAUGGCGCGCAUCGUGCCCUACGCCGCCAUACAGUUCACCGCGCACGAGCAGUGGAAGCGCGUACUCGCCGUCGACACGCCGCACACCGCGCAACAGCAUCCGAUCAAGCACCUGAUAGCGGGGUCCCUGGCGGGCGUGACGUCACAGAGCGCCACCUACCCGCUGGACCUGGCCAGGGCGCGCAUGGCGGUCACCAACGCCACCGAGUACAGGACCCUGAGGGCCGUGUUCGUGAAGGUGGUGCGCGAGGAGGGCUUCCGGCGGCUGUACAGGGGCUACCCGGCCACCGUGCUCGGGGUCAUCCCGUACGCCGGCGUCUCCUUCUUCACGUACGAAACCCUCAAGCACAAGUACACAGAGCACUUCGGUCCCCCGCAGUCGGCGCUCAGCAGCGUGCUGUGCGGCGGCGCGGCGGGCGCGCUGGCGCAGACGGCCAGCUACCCGCUCGACAUCGUGCGCAGGCGGAUGCAGACCCGCAGCUACCCCACCAUGCUGGCCACCUUCCGCGCCGUCUACACGACUGAAGGAUGGCGUGGAUUCUUCAAAGGACUGAGCAUGAACUGGGUGAAGGGACCGAUAGCGGUCGGCAUAUCCUUCGCCACGUACGACUCCAUCAAGGGGACGCUCCGGGACCUGGCGGUGACGCUGCAGAGCUAGCGCAGACUGCAUCUGCAGAGUGUAGUUCCGACUCCCUGUUCACAGAUGGCGUUGCUUACGAUGAAGCGUGGAAACGAAAAAUGAAUGUUGUGAUAUAAGUAUUUUUAGUUCAAUAACAGAUGGCGCUGUGAACAGACGCCGUUUUGUGUUUGCACGCACUGAACCUAAAUGUUUAUGUAGUUGUCGGUAGAUGGCGCUACGAUCAAAUAUAAAGGAUUUAAAUAACACUGAGCUCUUAAGAACAGCAAAAAACGAAUCCUCAACAAUAAUUACCGAUGCUCCGAAAUUUCAAAUUCUUGAAUAAGUCGCCCUACAUUAUGAUUAGAUCGGACGGUGCUAGAUGGCGCUGUGCGGGCGUCGCCAUUACCUAACAGUUUCCUCUGCAUCUCCCGCUAGAUGUCGCCGCGCAGUAUAUUCACUAUCCGGCCAACAGAUGGCGCUAACCGUAACAGACUAAGAAGUAAUUAUUUCUGUAUAUCUGAAUAUAUUAUAUUAAUAAAUAAGAUUAAUGACUGAAUCUAAAUGAAGCGACAAUAAUUGACAGACUCUCGUAGAGCGCGACUGGGAACGUUAAUGUUUAUUGGUGAAUAAGAAAACUAAUAUUGAUCUGUAACUUAUUGUGUAUACGUUGAACUUAUAGUGCGCCCCCGGGGGACCGCGGGGGAGGCCCUUUGUUGUCUUUAAAGGGGGUAAUAUAGGCAAAGAAGUGCUGAGUACAAAUAAUCACGUGUUAAUGAGUGUAGCACAGUUGUCAUCGCGAGGGUCAUCUUACUUUAUGUGCUGGCUUUAGAAUCGGUCCUCCCCGCCGCGUCCCCCUCGCCCCCCGGUCCCCCGGUCCACUGCCUGUUGUUAAUUGUGAAGUAUAGUGUUGUCGACGUUGUAGCUAUGAAAUGUUUAUAAAUAUAUGAAAAUAAAUGAUUUAUUGUUUUG